AUGUCUUCCAAAUUUGCUAACUUUCCAAAGCUCACUGCAGGUGGUUAUCUGGGACAGCCUAUCCUCCUGUCACCCUUGAUCAUGGCUUUUGUCUACACCUUCUCCCAGACGAACCGAGGAACAAAGACGAGGUUCUGGAUCAUCGACAUCCCGGUGGUACUCCUGCCGUAUGCAAUGAUUGUCGUCGGCAUGGUGAUGAACGGAUGGGAGCACGUGCUGUCAGAUCUCACAGGAAUUGUCGCUGCCCAUACUUAUGAUUUCCUCACACGCAUCUACCCGACUUUCGGGGGUGGAAGAAACUUCAUCCCUGUGCCCCGCUUCGUGGAGAGAUACUUCACCGACCACGACCCCAACAGCGGAUACCGAGCAUAUGGAACGGCGAGCCGCGCACCAAGACCGGCUGAGCCCUCGUCGGCAUCAGGAUCAUCCUGGAGCAGCUGGACCUCUUCGAGUUCUUGGAACGGCAGAGGCGCUGGCCGAAGACUAGGUUAG